GACAUAUUCCAAAGGAUAUUUGUGUGUGUGUGUGUAAAUAAUGAUUAUAUCUAGUGGUUUGCUGCCCAUCUAUUUUGGAAGUCUAGGAUUUUGUUACAUCUUGGUAUUCAGUUGUAUGCUAUUCCUUCAAUGGAGGAAACAAAUCCAUCAGAAGCAACGUGCAAGAGCCUGGGUGAAACAGAUGAAAACGGAAUCAUAUUUCCAGCGUGCUUUGACUCAAAGGGCUGAUAAGGAAACCCAACCUGGAACUAAAGCAGAAGUCUGUAAGCCUGAGUUUGAUAGCAACUCAAAGCCACAAGACAGUUUCUUGUCCAGGGAGAUUACUAACGACUGCCAGCGUGAUUCCAUGUGUUCAAUUCCAGAUUCAGAUCCUUACAAACCAGUGUUUCACGAAAUAGCUUGUGUGUGUACUCUCUCUCACUUGCCACCACUGCUUGAGCAUUCAGCGUCUUACCCUUGCACUAGUAUUCCAGCCAAAAGCAUGCCAUUCAAUUCACAUCUGAAAUCCGCCAUGUUGAAAAGUGAGUCCUACAACAUCGGUAGCAGCAUCUCUGCUUAG